AUGCCCAAGAUUCUCCUCUUCGUUGAUAUGGAAUUCACGAGGAAAGUGUGCCGCAACUGCAAAUGCCCUCGCGAGGAGCACAGUGAGGAGAUGUCGGGGCACGCGACGGCGACGGUGGCGGCGGCGGCGGCGCUAGCCGGGGGCGCCGGGUCCGGCUCGCCCCCGCCGCUAUCCACCGACUCGGCCUCCUCAGACAAGCUCCCCGGCAAGGGCGCCAACCCCCUCGGCCUCGACCCCCAGCGCCACUCACACUCGGAUGAUGACUCCGGCUGCGCCCUCGAGGAGUACACGUGGGUCCCGCAAGGCCUCAGGCCUGAUCAGGUUCAUCUGUACUUCAGCGCGUUACCGGAGGACAAGGUACCGUACGUUAAUUCCGCGGGAGAGCGUUAUCGGAUCAAGCAACUGCUUCAGCAACUACCCCCACACGACAAUGAGGUUCGCUACUGCCACAGCCUCUCCGACGAAGAGCGCAAGGAGCUCAGACUCUUCUCCGCCCAGAGGAAGCGGGAGGCCCUCGGUCGCGGCACCGUCAAGCAGAUCAACACCCCCGUCCCGUGCCAUAGGUGUGAGGAGCAGAUGAUAAGUGGGGAUAUGGGGAUCUUCGCGUCCCGCGCUGGGCCCAAUGCGUGCUGGCACCCGGCGUGUUUUGUGUGUUGCGUCUGUAAGGAGCUCCUCGUCGACCUGAUCUACUUCUGGCGAGCCAACAAGCUUUACUGCGGCCGCCACCACGCCGAAACGCUCAAGCCACGCUGUUCCGCUUGCGAUGAGAUAAUCCUGGCGGACGAGUGCACGGAAGCAGAGGGACGGGCCUGGCAUAUGAAACACUUCGCGUGUCUGGAGUGUGAUCGGCAGCUUGGCGGGCAACGCUACAUCAUGCGCGAUGGGAGACCCUACUGCCUCCAUUGUUUCGACGCCAUGUUCGCCGAGUACUGCGACUCUUGCGGAGAGCCCAUCGGAGUUGACCAUGGUCAAAUGAGCCACGAAGGACAACACUGGCACGCGACGGAGCAAUGCUUCUGCUGUCACACGUGCCGGGCGGCGCUCCUGGGUCGGCCGUUCCUCCCGCGGCGAGGCGCCAUCUACUGCUCAAUCGGGUGCAGCAAAGGGGAGCCACCCACGCCCUCGGACAGCUCCGGCCACCCCCCCGGUCCCCCCGGUCCGGGACUCCCCAACGGGGGCACCCCCAACCCCGCCCACAACCACAUCCACACUCAUACCAACACCCUCACCCACGAUCCUCAGGCCGCACCACCCUCCCCCUCCCGCAAUCACCUCCACUCCCGGCCCCGCUCCGAGGCCUCCUCCACUCCCUCCACCUCCCCCGCUCGCAAUCGCCGCACCCCCACCCUCCCCUCGCCCGCCCCCUCUUCAGAGUCGCUCCACUCCACACCACCUGCCCAUAGCAAUCACCUGCCCAAUGGAAUCGUUCACACCAAGAACAAACCAAAUUCCCUGAAAGCAACCCAAAGCAGUAGCUCCCUUCAAAUAUCCCAGAAUCUACCUCCAGUGCGAUCACCAAAGAUGGGACGGCGAGCGCUUCAGCGGACCUCAUCAGGACCAAGUUCCCCCACUCCGCCAUCCCCGAACGUCGUGCGAGGCCUCCCACCGCUACCCAGCACCCCUUCCAAAGGCCUGGACCGAGUCCUCCUCGAGCGGAACCUAGAGAAACUAAUCACUGAAAAACCAACCCCUAGCGGCACGAGUAGCCAAGAAUCCGGUUCCUGCAACCUGGACAUCGACCGGAUCCUUCGAGAGUGCGCCGGGAACGUGAGUCUCCAGUCGCAGGUGGAACACCUCCUAGUCAACCGCUCCGACUCCAGCCCCCUAGACAAACUAUUCCUCGACAACGGCAUUUCGUUACGACUGCAAGCAGAGCUGGAGAAGCUCAUCGCGGAGAGCGGAGCCAACUCCGUGCGUAGCGAGCUGCAACGACUGCUGUUCCAACAGAGCACCCACAGCAUGCAGUCCGAGCUCAUCGCUCGACUGAUAACCGGGAGCAACGCUCCACUCGGUAAAGACCUACAACUGGCCGAUCUGAGUCUGAGCUUGGACUCGUGGAAACCUCAACUGACGGACUCCAAGCCGGCGAACAAACUCGCUUUCUCGAUGCCGGAUCUGGCCGCUCAGUCGGGGAAUUCUCCGCAGAAGAAAAAUAAAGGGAACUUGAGCGUGAGGUUUCAAGGUGCCAAGAGCGACGACUCCAUCGAUCAGAUUCCGAGCAGACGAUCUCGUCAUCGGGACGAGCGGGAUUUCGACCCUGAUAGACGGUCUCGUCAUCGGGAAGAACGGGAUUUCGACCCUGAUAGACGGUCUCGUCAUCGGGAAGAACGGGAUUUCGACCCUGAUAGACGGUCUCGUCAUCGGGAAGAGCGAGAUUUCGACCCUGAUAGACGGUCUCGUCAUCGGGAAGAACGGGAUUUCGACCCUGAUAGACGGUCUCGUCAUCGGGAAGAGCGGGAAUACGAUUCGGAUAGCUACUGUUCGACUUGUUCCUCUAGUUCGAGUAGUGAUGACCUGACGGUUUACCAGCUGCCCCAGCGACGUGCCUAUGGAGGAGUGCGGAUUUCCUACGUGCCCAACGACACUCUGGCCUGCGCCAAGAGGCAGCAGUCCAUGGCGAAUUCGCCCAUCUCCCCGCUCAAGAAGAAGCAGGAUGACAAAAGUUGCAUCAUUUCCUGAUACUUCUUCCAGUACUUUAGUUGAGAGCUCAGGGCUUUGCUCAAGAAACCGUGCAGUAAGUAAGAUUGCUGGGCUUGUCUUUCCUCGUUAUUUGGGCCGCGUUAAACAGGAAGGAGCCAAGCUACAUCAGCUAUUGCCGAAUUUAAUUGGGCAAUUGAAUUUUUUACAUGAAAA